AUUCGAUAUACGAUUAACUUCAAAACGUAAAACUUCAGUAGUAUUGCAGAUGUCCGCAGGUACAGACUGAAGAAUUUUCUGUAAACGUGGUGCAACAUGUUUCCUCGGUUAGAAUAUAAUUAUUAACUUUCCAUGUAUACGAAAAUAUUAAAAAAUAUAAUUAUACAAUGAUAUGCGUAGACCAAAGAAUUCCUGAAAUAAAUGAACGUGUUCAAUGUGUAUCAAUUCUGUAACUUCUGUUUUACUAACGUUUAUAGACUUUGUUUUAUUUAACUUUUUCUUUUCAUUAACGAAAUGGUGAAAUUCAUGACUGCAAUGAAAUUUCAGUACGUGCAAAAACUAUUGAUACCAUUACUUUGUUUAAGUGUCACAGUCUUAUUUAUUUAUUUAAAUCGUAUACAUCCUUAUUAUUUUAUUGACGAAGUUUUCCACGUAAAUCAGACAUUACAAUACUGUGAUGGCAACUUUACUCAGUGGGACCAAAAAAUCACUACUUUACCUGGAUUAUAUAUCCUUGCAACUUUAAUAUUGUCACCUUUAAAACUUUGUAAUAUUUUCUAUCUAAGAUGCAUAAAUUUACUUGGAACAUUCUUAAACCUUUAUCUUACUAACAGUAUACUUAAACAAAUUUCAAUAACUCAUCGGAUGCAAAGAUGGGAUAAUUGGAUAAAACUUUCCGUAGCUUGUAAUAUCACGUUCUUUCCACCCUUAUUUUUUUGGCACUUUUUAUAUUAUACUGAUGUUGUUUCGCUCAAUGCAGUAUUAUUGAUGGUACUGUUACAUCUGCAUAAACAAUUUAAAUUGGCAGCUUUUGUAGGUUUAUUGUCUGUGAUAAUAAGGCAAACAAAUAUCAUUUGGGUUGCAUUCCUUACCAUGGAAUGUCUGUUUGAUAUAUUAGAUAAUAAAAUAGGUAAAUCAAUUUCACCCAAACAGUAUAACUCAGUAACUUAUGUCAAAUUGCUGUGGAAAAGACUAAUAGAUGAAAUAUUCAGUGGAUGGAAAUCAUUUGUGAUGCUCAUGAAUGAGAUACUCAUCAAAUUAUUUCCAUAUGUUACAGUAUGUUUGACAUUCGUUGCAUUUGUUUUUUGGAAUAAAGGGAUUGUAGUUGGAGACAGAUCAGCUCACACUCCAACUGUUCACAUUCCUCAAUUAUUAUAUUUCUCUGCUUUUCUUUCCUGUUUCUUGUGGCCAUAUAUGAUAGUUCAUUGGAAAGAUUAUUUUAAGUUUAUCCGUAAACAUUGGGCUCUUGAAAGUUUCUUUUUAGUACUUCUAAUUUUAAUAGUUCAUUUUAACACUCUUGUUCAUCCAUAUGUUUUGGCUGAUAACAGACAUUAUGUGUUUUAUUUGUGGAACAAAUUUAUGGGAAAAUAUUGGUGGUUCAAAUAUUUGCUAGUACCUGUAUACUCAUUUACCUUGUAUACAAUGUUUUGUGGGAUUAAACACUUAAGGUUCAUGUCACAGAUUAACUAUAUUUUUAUGGUUUCUGUAAUACUUAUACCUCAGUUGCUUAUAGAGCCACGUUAUUUUAUUGUUCCUUAUGUAUUUUAUCAUUUAUUUAUUCAGAAACCAAAAAAGUGGCAAAUUGUAGCAGAGUCAAUGACCACACUAAUAGUGAAUUUCCUGCAGUUUUAUAUUUUUGUUAACAAGGUAUUUUAUUGGAGUGACAUUCCUAAUCCUCAAAGGAUUUCUUGGUAAAAUAAAGUAGCACAAUCUGAUGAUUCCAUGUCAUGCGCAUAAUAAAUCAUAAAACUUUAAAAGGUGUUACAUUAUUUCCCUUUGAAAUGAAAACAAAUAAUUGUAGGUGUUAUGUAAAUUAGAAUAUCACAUUGUCAUUUAUUACUUUUAUUACAUUCUUCUAUAAGGAAUAGUAACUAUACGAGUGUGAAUCUUUGCUCACACGCAGAAGUCCUUUCUAUUUGCAUUAUUAUCUAGAUAAUUUGAAUAACGUAACGCGACUAGCAAAUAUUUAGACUAAAAUGAAUUGGUUAUUUGUACUGAAAGAAACUGUCUGUAUGUAUCAUGUAUAAAAGUUAAUAUGAAAAUGAAAUAACAACGAAUUCGUGUAUCGCAACAUUUCUUUAUCCAAUUAUUCAGUUCCAUAGUUAAGAUAUGUAUUAACCGAAGUAACGAUGCUCGUAAAAUACACGGUUAAAUGUUUACAAGUUUCAAAACAUUUGGAGGGAUUCAACUUUUUCCUAUAUCAUGACUAUCUUUAUCAUUUCCUGACUUACACUUUCAAAUAUUAUCUUGAAAAUCUUUAUCAAAAAACUUCUCCCACGCUUUCAGUCUUACAUCAUUUACCAUGUUCGUUUACGAGUAUCGUUCCUACUAUUCCAUCAUUAUCCGCAUAAUCUUUAUCUUACGAAAAUUGAUUAGAAUUAUUUUCAGCGAUGAAACGUUUAAUUUAAAAAUAUACAGAUACCUAUUAUGUAAAUAUUUUCAGAAGAAGAAAUGAUAGAUAUUAACUACUGUAAGAAUUACAUUUUAUGAGGAUUAAAAGAAGAAUAAAAUUGAAGAAUAUAUAUUGUCAAAGUUAGCUAUUAGUGCCUUACAAAAGUGGUAGCUACACUUUUUCCGCUCGUUAAACAACUUGUCACGCUGACUCUGAACACGAUAAAAUAAGAGUAAAUUUCACGGUUGGGAUACGCGUUGGGAAUAUGUGAGACUAAGAGUACGUGUCGAUCAAGCGCGGCAAUAUCACACAAUUCAAAUAAUCGUAAACAUUAUUAGUUUCAAAGCCAUUUUCAUUUUUUAUUUCGCAUGAUAAAGAUUAAACGUACCGUUGAAUUUUAUGAUUUAUAAAGUCUUUAGCACCCACUCUCGCAAAUACAUAAUUUGCAAUAAGCCAACUUCAUCUAAUAACAGGUUAUUGCUUUCACGUUAUAUCUCCGCUUAGCGUACAAACAAAUUACAGAAGACUGACCCUACUUCAGUUUAAACUUACACGUUGGUUUAAACAUUUACAUAAAAUAAUUAAAAUUUGGACUUAAAGAAAUAUAUGCAAUUAAUUGUUACAUUCCUCAUAUUUUAAUAAUAAAUGUUGCUGGACUAGAAGGUUACUUUGUCUUUCGAGUAACGAGGGCGGAGAUUAAAUCUUUGAUCGACUUUCGAUAAUUAAAAAUUAACCACAAUUUUCUGUGGUUCAAGAAUUGUUCUAUAUCACUUGCAUUACUUUGGUAAUCAAUAUAUUGCAUAUUAAGACGUUGAUUCAAAAAGUCUGUUACAAUUCUAAAAUAAAUUCUUUGCCUUUAUUCUAUCUUUGGCUAUCAUUUUUAAAUAAACAGAUUCUCAAUUUGAUCUUGUCGCAGACCUUUUGAAACAUUACAUUGCAUUUCAUUCUUUUUCCCUACCUACGCAUGCAUUCGAUAUGAAUAUUCACGCUUCACGACUAAAACGUUUCGUGUCGUGAAUUGUAUAACAAUCAUCCUUAUUUCUUACGAAAUUUCAAAGUCCAUUAAAAACUAGUGCAUUUAAUGUCUUCUUGCACCGACAUAUUUAUCCCUUUAGUGAUUGGUUACUUUAAUGUAUUAUACAUAAAUAUAUAGGCGACCUUUCAUUAGAAAUAAUAUCUUCAACGGAAUGAGAAAUCAAUGAUGUAAACAUAAGCUACUCAUUAAAAUUGGCAUUCUUAAAGAAUUCUGAUUUUGUAUAUAUAUCUAAAAAAUGCUGUACUGAGAAACAUAAAAACACUUCAUACACAUAAUGAAAAUAUUGCACUGCAAAGGUAUCUAGAAACGAUAUUUGUACAACUGUAAGUACAAAAGAGUAACUCUCAUUUACCUAUUCUAUUAAAAACUUACUAAAUCAUUCGCUGUAAUUAUUCGGAAAUUAUAUUUAACCUAGCAAAUGGUUUUCAAGCGAAACGGAAGAUAACGUUGUACUCUUCAUUGAGUUUCUAUUUUCCUAUUUCUUGCUGCGGAUCCACUCAACCGAAUUCUGACGCUAAUUGGUCAUUGGUCUACAUAUUACAGUAAUAAUUAAAACCUAAUGUAUAAAAUAAUGACUAACGCUAUGCUACAGAGCCACAGAUUUUUGCAACAAAAUUUAAUAUCUCUAUUUCUCUCUUUAUCCUUCAACGUUUCUUGAUUAACUUUGAGCUAUGACAGGAAGCUCAUUCAGAAUCAUUUGAG